AACGAUCAAGGUGUUCUAUUUCUUCUACAUGGCCGUCAAUUUCUACAUUGCUGCAUGCACAGUCAUCGAGGCUUUUCUCGGCAUCUCGCCUCUUCGCGAAUCUAGGAAAGCCGCUAUCGACGUUGAUCAGAAGGAUUUCCAGUUUCCGACGCCAGACGACCAGCUUCCCGUCAUCGAUAUUGUCAUAGUGGCAUACCUUCCAAACGAGCAAGACAUCGUCAAGGAUCAGGUGUUUUAUGCUUUAGAUGAGCUUGUAUACCCUCGAAAUAAGCUUCGGAUCAACCUUGUAUACAACACACCCAAGCCGAUCGAGCCAUUGCAAACCGAGCUGGCCGAAAUGGAAAAGCAGUACCCCCAGCUCAAAGUCAUCAACGUUCCUGGUUCCAAGUCAAAGGCUGAUAACCUCAACCAUUUCUUCAAUUUCAAUACCGGUGCCGAUAUCAUCGCCAUCUUCGAUUGUGAUCACUUUCCACAUCCGUACAACCCUCGCUGGGCCGCUGAACGAUUUGUGCAAGACUCGUCUGUAGACAUCGUGCAAGGCCGAUGUGUCGUCUACAACACAAACGAAACAUUCUUCACGAAGAUGAUUGCCAUCGAGUUUGACAAAAUCUAUGCUGUCUCACAUCCAGGCCGCAGUAGGCUAUUCAAAUUCGGACUUUUCUGUGGGUCGAAUGGAUACUGGAAGGCCGACCUCCUGAAAGGACAUCAGAUGCAUGGACACAUGUUGUGCGAAGAUAUUGACUCGGCGCUCCGUGCCUACGGCGAAGGCAAGAAGGCUGUACACGACAUGAACGUGUUGUCAUAUGAGAUGGCUCCUACCAACUUUGCUGCAUUCUGGAAACAGCGUAUGAGAUGGGCACAGGGCUGGACCCAAGCCAGUAUCAGACAUAUGCCUCUUAUUUGGAACAGCCCACCUGACGGCAAACGCACCGUCAAUGAACGUUUUGGCGUACUUUCCCUUCUUUUUGUUCGAGAGAUCAGCUACUACCUCGUCACCCAGCAUACGUGCUUGCUACUAUCUUUCAUCAUCACCGGCUGGCCGAAGAAUCCUACAGAGCUUGUCGAACUGGUCUUUUUUCGCUAUCCGAUGGCUGAAUGGUUCCUCUUCGCAACCGUUGUUUGUCUUAUCUUCACGCUCGCAAUAACACAGAUGGCUCGAUCCGAAUUCACGACUUUCUGGAUGAUGAUCUUGUUCUCCAUAAUCUACACGCCUUACCUGAUCCUGAUGGCUACUAUGGGUAUCUACGGUCACGCACGCCAGAUCAUCGGGUACAGCAAGUGGAAUGCUACGUCUCGCAAAUGAGUGCAUCCAGUAUUUACUGUUUCAUUUCCAAUUUACGUUGAUCGUUGCCAUGAACACCCAUUUUCAUCGUCCUACUUCAUUGUUCUGAUCACGAAGUAUGUUAUGAGAGCGGAAGCUAGGCUUUCCCUUCGCCCC